UGUAACAUUGGAUAACGUAAAACAACACAAGAGAAAAACUUAUGGAAAAAAACAUGAACAAAUAUAUACUGGAGAGAAACCUUAUAUUUGUGCAAUUUGUGGAAAAGGCUUCAGAAUAUGCCAUUUCUUAAAAUGUCAUGAAAGAAUACAUACUGGAGAGAAACCUUACAGUUGUGAUAUUUGUGGAAAAGACUUUAGAUUGAAGCAUUUCUUAAAAUGUCAUGAAAGAAUACACACUGGGGAGAAACCUUACAGUUGUAACAUUUGUGGAAAAGGCUUCAGAAUGUGCCAUUUCUUAAAAUAUCAUGAAAGAAUACAUACUGGAGAGAAACCUUACAGUUGUGAUAUUUGUGGAAAACAAUUUGGAACGAGUAGUAACUUGAAAAUGCACGUGCAAACACAUACUGGGGAGAAACGUUACAAUUGUGAUGUUUGUGGGAUACAACUUAGAAGUAAUUCUAGCUUAAAAAAACAUGGACAAAUACAUACUGGGGAGAAACCUUACAGUUGUGAUGUUUGUGGAAAACAGUUUAGAAGUAACUCUAGCUUAAAAAGACAUGAACGAAUACAUACUGGGGAGAGACCCUACAGUUGUGAAGUAUGUGGUAAACAGUUUACAACAAAUAAUGCAAUAAAAUAUCAUCAAAGAAUACAUACUGGUGAGAAACCUUACUGUUGUACAAUUUGUGGAAAAGACUUUAAAUCGACUAGUGACUUAAAAGUGCAUCAAAGAAAACACACUGGGGAAAAAUCUUAUUGUUGUUUAGUUUGUGAAAAACAGUUUCGAACAAGUAUUGAAUUAAAACGACAUGAAAUAAGACAUACUGAGGAGAAACCUUAUUGUUGUGAUGUUUGUGGAAAAGACUUUAAAACAAAUGCUGAAUUAAAAAUACAUCAAAGAAUACAUCAAAGAAUACAUACUGGGGAGAAACCUUAUAGUUGUGACUUUUGUGAGAAAGAAUUUCGAAGUAAUAGUAACUUAAAAAGACAUGAACGAAUACACAUUGGAGCAAAAACAUUAUUGUUGGAUAGUUUGUGAAAAACUGUUGUUGAUUUUGUACAAAAGAUUUUAGAAUAAGCAGUGAUUUGAAAUGUUAUAAAAGAAUACAUACUGGAGAGAAACCUUAUAGUUGUGACUUUUGUGGAAACAAUUUAAAAAGAACUAGCUUAAAUGAUCAUCAAGGAUUACAUACUGGUGUGAAACCUAACUCUUAUGCAGUAUGUGAUAAACAGUUUAUAACAAAUAAGGCAAUAAAAUAUCAUCAUAGAAUACAUACUGGGUAGAAACAUUACUGUUGAAGAACUUGUGACUUCAAAGUGCAUCAAGUGAAACACACUGUGGGAAAAAUAUUAUCGUGAUGUUUGUGGAAAACAAUUUGUAUAACUUAAAAACAGUUUCAAACAAGUAAAGAAUUAAAAGAACAUGAACAAAUACACACUGUGGAGAAACCUUACACUUGUGUAGAAUGUGAUAAAAAAAGUUUAGAACAAAUGGUGGAUUAAGAUACCUACUGGGGAGAAAUGUUACUGUUGUACAGUUAGUGAAAAAUAAUUCUUAAGUAACUCUAACUUAAAAAUGUACCAAAGAACACUCUUUGGAGAGAAACCAGUUUCACAGUUUAUGGAAAACAGUUUGGAACAAAUAGUAAUUUAAAAAUACAUCAAAGAAUGAACAUAUGGGGUAAACUAUACUGAUGUUUACUGUGUUGUAAAGAGUUUGUAACAGACUGUAACUACUACUGAAUGUGGUUAUUGUUUAAAGUUUAUUGAACCAGAUGAGACAGGAUUUAUGUGUACAGAUCUGUCUUUGGUGUGUUUUUGGAAAUUUAGUUGGAAAUUAUUGUGUGUUAGUGUUUGAUAUGAUAAAGCGACAACCAAAGAAAUGAAAAUAUAUAAAUUAAAUCUGGAUGGAGAGAAUAGUCAUUGUUUCUGUAAAAGGAAAUAGUAAGAAACUUUAUAACUGAACAGUUUUUAUUUCCUAGUUUUUUAUGUAUAGACAGUAAGUAUUGAUUAGAACCAGUUUAUUUAUAUCAGUAUUUCAACAUGUACUGAGAAUGUUCUGCUAUAAUUGGUUUCUUAACAACUGUGAAUUAUGGGAUUAAAUGAUUUCAAACUACAGUCUCAAUUUACUAUGAUGAUUGAAGUACUGAUACAAUUUCUAGUAAGAUAGUUUUCCUACAAACUUAUAGAAUUUAUAAAAUAUUAAUAAACAUUGUUAUUUUUGCCUAAAGUUUGUUAUUUGUAAUUACUUAACUAUAGAACUUUAAAGUAUUGGUGUCAGUAAACAUGUUAAUAGGACAAAGCAUUAUAAGAUUUUAUGGUAUUCAACCAUUAAAGUACACAAGAUAAUAUACAGUUGAUUGUUGUGAUACUAUACCAUCAUAUUUCAACAGUUGAAUUUGUCUACUGUAAACCUUUCUAUUGAACAAGAUAAGAUAAAGUUGAUUGUUGUGAUACUAUACCAUCAUAUUUCAACAGUUGAAUUUGUCUACUGUAAACCUUUCUAUUGAACAAGAUAAGAUAAAGUUGAUUGUUGUGAUACUAUACCAUCAUAUUUCAACAGUUGAAUUUGUCUACUGUAAACCUUUCUAUUGAACAAGAUAAGAUAAAGUUGAUUGUUGUGAUACUAUACCAUCAUAUCUCAACAGUUGAACUUGUCUACUGUAAACCUGUCCAGGGAGAAAAGUUUUAUAAAGUGUGAAUCUUUGAAAA